AUGCUUUAUGAAAACAAUGUAGCCCGGCUGCUGGCCGGUUUGCCGUACAAGCAGUCGCGUACCCAACCCUUUUGGCUCGACUGGGUCCAGGGCGUAUUAUCAAAGGACGCCGGGGAAUGGUUUCCCGACAGCGGUAAUAUUGUAAGACCUACCGCGGGAUACGUUCCGUGGUGA